AUGUCGGAUAAUCUAGCAAGAGCUUCUAGCGCAAGGGAGUACCGGAUAGAGCUUCAACAAGUGGGAAUCAAUACAGCAACAAGUCCGAUGUUGAAUGAGAUAGCUUUCAUCUUCCAAUCUUUCCGAGCUAAGAAGUUUGAAAGGGGCAGUCUUCCAUGUCACUCGGAAGGCGAGAUCAAGGUAGAUGAACCAAUACCAGAUGCUUCAAGACGUUUCGUUUGGGGAUUGACAAUGGAAAAUAAGAGAGCUAGCCUGGCCCGGCUUGACAAGAGGAUUAGGUCAGCUUUCAAAGGCUAG